ACAUGUUCAUGUUUUUUAUUGUGGUGCUUUGACUUCCGGCCAGCAGGGGGCAACAUGCGCACUUCCCUUCACUCCUCCUUUCGUAAAAACAGCCGUAAGUGAAGUUGCAGCAAUGGCCGCUCGCUGGAGUAAAACUAAACUUUAGUGUUUCACGUUCGUGUUGAAGAGUUUCAUGAGAUGUGGAACUCUGUGGAGCAGCUCGUGGAGCAGAUCAUGGUGACGACGGUGACGGAAAUCUGCCAGAGACUCAAAGAGAGAGAAGAAGAAGAAGAAAACUCGAAGACGGAGGAGAAGCUGCUGGCUGUCAUGAGGAGGUGCUGUGAGGCUCUGCUGCAGGAGCUGAGGAGGCUUCAGGAGGAGAACCAGGAGCUUAGGAGGCUUCAGGAGGAGAACCAGGAGCAGAAAGACAAACUCCCAUCAUGUGAUCAGAGGAGCUUCCAUGAGGCCCCGCACCCUGCAGCUGAAGGAGACGCACAGGUGGAGGCGAGCCACCAAUCAGACGCUCUGACAGGUGAAAGCAGCCAAUCAGAGACUCCUGCAGCAGGCGGCCAGCGGACCUUCCGCUGCAGCGUCUGCAGCAGCAGCUUCUCCAGACGGACCAACCUGAGCGCUCACCUGCGGGUCCACAGCCGAGAGCGGCCCUUCACCUGCUCCACCUGCGGGAAGUCUUUCUCCGCCCGCAGCAGCGUCAGAGUCCACCAGCUCACAGUUCACGGUUCACGGCAUCCCUUCAGGUGCUCUCACUGUGGGAAGCUGUUCGCCACCCGCAGCCACCUCAGGACGCACCAGGCGCCCGUCUGCGGGCGGCCGCUCACGUGUCCGGCCUGCGGCGAGACGCUGGCGGCGAGGUGCCGCCUCCCACGGCACAGACUCACCUGUCGGGUCACAGACAGCGGGUUCAGGUGUGCGGAGUGCGGGAAGGAGUUCGCCAAACGCAGCUACCUGUCUGCACACUGGCGAGUCCACCUGAAGGACAAACCCUUUAAAUGUCCCACGUGUGAGAAAGGGUUCACCACAAGCCGCAGCGUCCACGUCCACCAGCUGACCGUCCACAACGGACUGAGGCCGUUCACCUGCGACGUCUGCGGGCAGACCUUCAGCCAGCGGAGCGGCCUCGGAGCUCACCUGAGGACGCACACGGGCGAGCGGCCGCACACCUGCGAGCAGUGCGGGAACAGUUUCUCCAGCAGGAGCGGCCUGUCGGUGCACCGCCGCGUCCACACGGGAGAGAAGGCCUUCGGCUGCGACACCUGCGGUAAAAGCUUCAGCGUGUCGGCCAACCUGCGGCGCCACCGGCUCGUCCACUCGGGCCGCCGCCAGUUCAGCUGCGACGUCUGCGGCCGCGGCUUCACGCAGGCGGGACACCUGAAGGCGCACCGCUCCGUGCACAGCGGCGAGUGGGCGUUCAUCUGCAAAGCCUGCGGGAAGGGCUUCAGACAGCGCGGCGCGCUGCUGGUGCACGAGCGGAGCCACGCCGGCAUCAAACCGCACGGCUGCGGUGAGUGCGGGAAGAGCUUCUCCUCGUCCGCGUCGCUGAAACGCCACCAGCUGGUCCACGGCGGGCGGAGAGCUCACGCCUGCGACGAGUGCGGGAAGAGCUUCGCCAGCGCCCAGGUCCUGAAGACUCACCUGCAGCUGCACGCCGGCGGCGGCAAAGCGUUCUCCUGCGACGUGUGCGGCCGCGGCUACAGCUCGCUCGGCUACCUGAGGACGCACCGGCGCGGCCACUCGGAGGGGAAGCCGUUCGGCUGCGCCGAGUGCCAGAAGACCUUCUCCACGCGGGCGAGCGCCAAGCUGCACGAGCGCACGCACAGCGGCGAGAAGCCGUACGUCUGCGAGGUCUGCGGGAAGAGUUUCGGGGUGUCGCAGAACCUCGUCCGGCACAAGCGCGUCCACAGCGGAGAGAAACCCUUCGAGUGCGGCGUCUGCGGGAAGAGAUUCAGUCAGAACAACAACCUGAAGUCUCACCUGCUGGUUCACUCGGGACAGAAACCGUUCAGCUGCUCCUCCUGCAGCCGGAGCUUCACCUCCACGAGGAGCCUCAGGGAGCACAAGUGUGUCUCUGCUCAAUGAAGUCCCUCAAACGAGACCAGCACAGACCUGGUCCCCCGAGACCCGGGACGGGAUGACGAGCCUUCAGGGAUCCUAGAUGACAUGAAGUUAUUUUAUGUUCUUGUAUUUGAUGCAGCGCCUUCAGACAGGACGUAACGUGAUGAAAAGACGCACGUCUCAGUCAGAGAGUGUAAGAGGACCUAGUCGUCAUGGUGACAUCUCUCUUUGGUUUGGAGACGUUUUGAAGCCUCCAGUUCGGUCCGUUUUUGGCCGUUGCCAUCAUGUUUUUUUUAUUUCCAACCAGUGA